UUGUUUUUCUAAUUUUUUUUCCAAUGUGUCAAGUAAUUAUUUGUUUUCUUAUGCUUUAAUUGUGUUGCUGUCCUGGGGCUCCGGAGGUGUGUUUGUGAACAGAGUCCCCAGGGCCAGCAUACUCAGGGGACUCUUCUCCAGGUUCCUCUCUGCAGUGUGAUGGAAGGUUUGGGAAUCGCUUCCGUACGUGAUGACGUAAAUACAACGCGUCACGGACAUGUGUCUAGCUAGUUUUCGUAAACAAAAAAAAUAAUGUUUGAAAGGAUUUACGCCUUGAAGUGAUUAUAUAUGGAUGAUAAAGAAUACUGUAUCUAUAAUGUUAACUAUAGCUACGCCAUCCACCCCAUUAGCUAACUAGAGUAACUAUAUGCUAGCUAGUUAGCUAGCAUGCUAGCUAGCUCGUUUUUAACCAUCAUCUUCGCCUUCUCUCAAAAAAAAGUUUGAUAUUAAAUGGACAUUUAUUUUAACGACAGGUCGUAGUGCUCUCCGUUUAAAAUUUUAAAUAUCCGUGAUUAAAUGUGAAAAGAAGGACCGCGACGGACUAAACACGUAUGAAGGAAUGUAGCUAGUUAGCUGACGCCAGUAGGUAUGCUAUAGCCAGUUGUACGAGCUAAGCACACCGAAAUCAUUCGGCUAGUAUUUGCGCCGCGAUACUUUGACUUGUUAACCAGCCAGCUAUUGUGGUGUCAAGUUGAAGGACUCCAUUGUCCGGUGCAUUUUGAGUAGUCUGUUCCCCAGAAAAUCGCAUCGAGCCGUCAUCAUCAUCAUCAUCUCUCGAAUGGAACGGUGACAAAGAUGCUGAAGAUUCUCCUUGUCCUUUGUACGCUCGGCUGUGCUCUUGUUACUUGGGAUGGAGUCGAUGCAGACGGUGAAUUGCUCAAAAUGAUACCCUCUGCAGAUGGCGUGUCGUUCAUCCGGCUCGUCAAUGGGGACAGUGAGUGUUCGGGGCGUGUGGAGGUGCUCCAGAGAAACCAGUGGGGGACGGUGUGUGACCACGGCUGGGACCUGAGGGAGGCUGACGUGGUGUGCCUGGAGCUGGGCUGUGGGCUGGCCGAGAACGCCCUCCGUGGAGCUGCAUUUGGCAGGGGCUCCAGAGAGAUCUGGCUGAGGCACGUCCAGUGCUCUGGCCACGAGGCGAGCCUGACGCGAUGUCCCAGGGUCCUCCACAGUUACCUCACCUGCACCCAUAAUAAUGACGCUGGGGUGAAAUGCUCAGGUACACUGUUGAUGCCCACCCUGUCCCUGCUCUCCCCUCACACUGUCUUCUCUGCCGGGGAGGCGGUUCGCUUCAGCUGUACUGUGCUACUGGGCCACCACCUGAAUGACUUCCACCUGUAUAAGAGGGGCAUAGCCACCCCGUUGGUGACUCAGAGGGUGGACUCUGCCCAGACCAGGGUGGAGCUGACUCUAUCAGACCUGGAGGCUACCCACCAGGGCAGCUACAGCUGUCUGUACAGGAUCAAGGGCAGCUCUCCCUCCUCCCUGCUCAGCUCUCCACCCAGCAACUCUAUCAACAUCACUGUGGUGGAGCUGCACACCCCUCGGCACUGGCACAACACGUCCAUCGAGGCUCCCACAGGCUCUGUCAUCAAAGGCCACAGCUUCAACAUCACCUGCUCCACUGAGCAGCAGUACCCUGGAGGUUCUUUCCAGCUGCGUCUGAUCCGUUCCAACGGCACGGUGCGACAGUCGCUGCCUGCCCUCUCUCCCUUCGUCACCUUCACCUUUUCAAACGCACAGCGCUCCAACGAGGGCUACUAUUACUGCCUCUACAAGGUCCAGCUGGGCGGGAGAACCUUCAUGUCCCGGGAGAGCCAACCGCUCCCUAUCUCCAUCAGAGACCCAGACCCAGUGUUGAGCCCUAUGAUGAUCAGCUGGCUGGCGUCUGCUCUGACCUUCCUCGUGGCUCUCCUCAUCAUCAUCAUCAUCGUUGCCAGAGUGCUCUGCAAGAGGGAGAAGAAACCCUCGGAGCUAGAGAGAGAGACCAGAACCUGUGUGGAGAACACUUACGUUGCCUUAGCAAUAAAAUUGUGAGCUGCUCUGUUUUUGAGAGAACCAUUAAAGAUGGAACCAUGGAGAGACAUUCCUGAGCUGACAAACCUUCCUGAAGGAGGAUGAGGAUGGCUCUGGAGCGCAGGUGCAGAAGACACAAGACCAAGUUACAGAAAACACUACGAAGGAGACAUCGACACGAAAUGCCUCAAUCUCUCAGCAUCUACUAGUAGUACCUGGUAGAAUCCUGCAUUAGAACAUGACAGCAGCACUUGUAGGUAGAGUAAUUGUUAGGUCAUCAUCUAUAUACCAGGUACACUGUAAUAAACACUACAAUCAACUAUGAAAAGGGCAUUGACUAUAAUGACCCUUUCUGGACACAUUGGCCUUUCUGGACCAGUUCUCAGGCCAGCUACAACUGACAAUUAUGGACAUGAAAUAUAACACUGUGUUCCAAUGAUUUAAAAUAUCCAAUGUAGCGGUUUUUAUCUCUCAAAUCAUUUCUGUGUAACAAUUAAGUACUUUACUGUGAUUUGUUUUCAAAUAAAAUGAUCAAAAAUGAACAAAAAAAAUAGCUUAUUUU